AUGAAGUCGUCCUCUCUGUUGUUUAUGACCACCUUCGUGUACGCUGGCAAUUCGCCCUCUAGAAACUUCAAGUGGCUUCUGGCAAAGCCACCAGGAUUCGGCAUUUGUGUAAGGUAUGCUGAUGACGGGCGUGGAUACGAUGACGUGCACAAAGAGAAGAUUGACCAGAAUGAAACGGGGCUCAAGUUUCACCAAUUUUUCACAAUGCACGGCAACAAUCAGGGCCCUUACACUUGGCCAGAUUUUGUUGUUGGGACUAACAGUCACGAGGCUCCAAAUGAGAAAGAUCUAGCGAUUUCGUUGUUGGGACUAACAGUCACGAGGCUUCAAAUGAGAAAGAUCUAG